GCACAUUCAUCAACGCAUCAACUUCUUUGUAUAAAUGAAAUCUUCAGCAAACGAUGGGAAAAUAUUUCUUCUGGACAAUGUAAUUAAGAGCAACAUUUCUGUUGUCUUCACUGUCUGGAAUGUAGAGGAGAUCGUCAAUUUACAGGUUAAUUAACUUACUGGUUAAUUAAGUUUACAUCUUCUGUUUUGGAUAUUAAGCAAGAUCACGGAUGAAAGAAACAUAGCAUUAAACUAUUCCCCGAAAAUACUGACACAACUGAACACAGAUAUAUUCAUAGAAAUGAAAAAUUUAUUAUCGUUGUGAUAUGUAUGACAAAUUAUUAUCUCAUAAUGGAAAAUUUAACUAAACCAAAAAUCCCUGAUACAAGAGAGAAGCCACAUCAGUGUGAUAUCUGUGGUAAGUCAUUCUCUGAAAAAAGAGUCUUAACCAAACACAAAGGCAUUCAUACAGGAGAGAAACCCCAUCACUGUGAUGUUUGUGGUAAAUCGUUCUCUCAAAGUGGUCACUUGACCAGUCACGUGCGUACGCAUACAGGAGAGAAGCCAUAUCAUUGCGAUAUCUGUGGUAAGUCAUUCUCCCGUAGUAGUCACUUGAUGAGUCACAAUCGUAUUCAUACUGGGGAAAAACCAUAUUGUGAUAUCUGUGGUAAAUCAUUUUCUGAAAAUAGUACUUUAACUAGUCACAAGCGUAUUCAUACAGGAGAGAAGCCAUAUCAUUGUGACAUCUGUGGUAAAUCUUUCUCUCAAAGUGGUGACUUGACUAAACACAAACGUACACAUACUGGAGAGAAGCCAUAUCAGUGUGAUAUCUGUGGUAAAUCAUUCUCUGGAAGUGGUGCCUUGCUUAAACACAAACGUACACACACAGGA